AUGAAUCUUAAAAUAGCAUGUCUGGGCCAAGAAUUCAAUUUUGAAGAAGUUUAUUCACUGGAAGAAUUGAAAUUAAGACUUUACUAAACUGAACCAUCAUUUAUUUUAGAGUCACUGACUUAUCAAGAUGAGGAAGAGGAUAUCAUUACAUUAGCCAAUGAGAAUGAUUUUAGUUGUUUGUCAACAAGUUCAAACUUUACUGUCCAAGCAUAAGGGAAAUUCGAUGAAGAAUGGGCAAUAAAGGAAUUCAAAAGAAAUUAGAGAUUGAUUAAAAGAAUAGCUAAGAAAGUCAAAUAAUUAAAAGAGAAAUAGAGGAAAAAUUUAAUCCAAGUAUAUUUUAAAUAUAUCAUUUGAGGGGAGAAUAUUAUUCAGAGAAGUUAAGAAAUAUUUUGUUAUAACAGAAACAGGCUCAAGAUAUUGACAAAGACAUAAAGACUAUUAGAUAAUAAAUUGAACUUUAAC